AUGAAAGAAGCACGGCGAUCGUUAGUUGAGAGCAGUCUCGUCCGAGCUUUACAAAUUGAACUGCCCAAUAUCAACAACAAGUCAGAUUGGCCAGUGGAUUGGGAGCAUGUGCAAUGUGGCAGUGCCAAUCCCAUUGCCAGAGAAAACCAUGGGACAAUGUGGAUGACAUGUAACUUUGCAGAAUCAGUAUUUCAAGAUCUGUUGGACUUUUUUCGUAUGGCGCAUGAGAAGCUUCAAGCUAAGGUAGAAAGAAUAUCGGAUGAUAGAGUUGCGAUCAAGAAUGCUGCAGGGGAAGUACUCUUGAAAGGAUUCAUGUACACUGGUGAAUACGAAGCCAAUGUUGGUCGGUAUGCAAUGUUUGAAGCUACAGAUGAGGCAGGAUGUGAAAUGAUCUUCAAAAUCUCGGCAUUCUGUCAAUGGGGUUACUGUGCUUUCCUUUUUCAUGACACGAUAGAACGGCAAGUCGGGCAAGAAAAGAUUCUUCGAGUUACAACAGGCUUUGGAGGUGACCUGAAACAAGGCAUUUCCACAAAAUUCGAUCUCUGUAUCUGUGACAUAGUUGUUGCUCGAUGCUUGCUAGCCUACAAGGAUAUGUCAAAAGACCCUAGCAUCGGUCCAACAAUAGAAAUGAUUUCAGUACAUAAGGAAUACAGGGGCCGCAAGUUCUUGGAGGAGCUGUGGUUUUGGGUGAAGAGAUUUGUAAAGGACAACUUCACUUUGGAAUCAUUGAACAAUGAUGCAUCAGCUCGAAGCAUUCAAAUAAAGGCAACAAGAUUGACCAAUACGGAAAUUGAACUGGACGAAGCGGGCUCGACAGUGACAGACAAACGAUUCUUUUACGAGUGGGCAGGAUUUUCGAUUCGGCGGCAGAUUCAUCUUUUUCCUUCGACAGAUCGGUUUCAGUCCGCUAUUGAUGCCGAGGCUGUGUUGUACAUAGCGCUGCCAUCAAAACAAGAUAUUAGGGAAAAAGCAGAGACGAGAUUUUAUGAGGGCGACUCGAAUGAAUUCAAAAAGUGGAAACGCGUCAAAGGUUCUCGCCAUUGCUGGGCGUGCUUAUCUAUCAGAAUAGGACUGCUUCGAUGUUCUCGUUGUAGGCUAGCUCAAUACUGCAGUACAGCGUGCCAAAAGAAACAUUUUAAGUAUCACAAACAUUGGUGCGGGAAGACGCGGGAGCAAGUUGAAGAAGACCUGACGCAGAUUGCGGACAAUGCACUGUCGUCUUGCUGA